GGUGUUUCGCUUCAUAAUUCUGCGCUUAUUGAAUUUCUUCACAAAUGACCAAAAGUAGGGAUAGUACGAAUCUGGGAGAAGACGAUACAUCUGUCAUAACUAAGAAAUCAGAUAUAGGUCAGCAUUUUCUACGUGCUGCCCGUGCUGGAAAUAUUCAAAAGGUUUUGAUACUCAUCAAUGAGCACAACGCAGAUGUACAUGCCUGUAAUGCAAAUGGGUUAAAUGCGCUUCAUUUAGCUUCAAAAGAAGGUCAUGCAGAAGUUGUACGUGAAUUAAUUGAACGUGGUGCAAAACCGAAUACUGCUACGAAAAAAGGGAAUACAGCUUUACAUAUUGCAAGUUUAGCUGGUCAAUUUGAAGUGGUUAAAUUAUUACUAGAGGCUGGAGCUGAAGUGAAUAUUCAAGCUCAGAAUGGUUUCACUCCAUUGUAUAUGGCUGCUCAAGAAAAUCAUUUGGAAGUUGUACGUCUACUAUUAGCCAAUGGUGCCAAUCCUGGUUUAACUACAGAUGAUGGUUUUACACCACUUGCUGUAGCUUUACAACAAGGUCAUGAUCGUGUAGUUGCUUUAUUAUUAGAAAGUGAUUCUCGUGGUAAAAUCUGUUUACCAGCUUUACAUAUUGCAUCUAAAAAGGAUGAUAUUAAAGCUGCCAAUUUGUUAUUAAAUAGUGAUGUCAAUGUAGAUCAUCAAUCAGCUAGUGGAUUCACUCCACUUCACAUCGCUGCACAUUAUGGUAAUGUGAAUAUGACUGAAUUAUUGAUAUCACGUGGUGCUAAUAUUAAUUUUCAAGCUAAAAACAAUAUAACUCCAUUGCAUGUAGCAUCUAAAUGGGGUAAUCAAGGUGUAGCUGAACGUUUAAUUACAGCUGGUGCGGAACUUGACUGUCGUACACGUGAUGGAUUGACACCAUUACACUGUGCUGCUAGAUCUGGACAUGAUACAGUUGUUCAAUUAUUAUUAAGUGCUGGAGCACAUAUCUCUGCUAAAACAAGGAGUGGUUUAAAUUCAUUACAUAUGGCAGCUCAAGGUGAUCAUGUAGAUACUGCACGUUUACUUUUACAACAUGGAGCACAAUCUGACGAUCCAACAAUUGACUUUUUAACCGCAUUACAUGUUGCUGCACAUUGUGGUAAUGUACGUGUAGCAAAAUUAUUACUUGAGCGUGGAUGUGAUGUCAAUGCAAGAGCAUUGAAUGGAUUUACACCUUUACAUAUUGCAUGUCAAAAAAAUCGAAUUAAAAUUGUUGAACUGUUAUUAAAAUAUAAUUGUUUGAUUCAAGCUACAACAGAGUCUGGUUUAACACCGUUACACGUUGCAUGUUUCAUGGGGCAUCUAAAUAUUGCCGUUUUAUUAUUACAACAUGGUGCUAAUGCAAAUGCACCAACUGUACGUUGUGAAACUAGUUUACACUUGGCAACACGUGCUGGACAAACUGAUGUAGCUCGUUUACUCUUACGUAAUGGUGCUCAAGUGGAUGUGAAAGCUAGAGGCAACCAGACACCACUUCAUAUAGCAUCACGUAUUGGUAAUUUAGAAUUAGUCACAUUACUAUUGGAAUAUGCUGCUAAUGUACAGUGUUCAACCAAAGAUACUUAUACAGCAUUACAUUUAGCUGCAAAAGGUAAUCAUAAAGAGAUAUGUGAAUUAUUAUUAAAAAAUGGAGCAGAAUUAGAAAUAACAACGAAGUCUGGUUUCACUCCAUUACACUUAGCUGUGAAACAUUCGCAUUUAGAAACAGCUAAAUUUUUACUUUUAUCCGGUGCUGAUAUGAAUGCAGUUGGACGUAAUGGUUUAACACCAUUACAUUUGGCUACACAUUACGGAUGUUUACCUAUGGUUGAAUUAUUACUUGAACAUAAGGCAUCUCCAGUUUCACAAGCUAAAAAUGGUUUUAUUCCAUUGCAUAUUGCCGCAGAAAAACAUUUAGUGGAUAUUGGCAAAUUAUUAAUUGAAGCUACUGUUGACAGUAAUAAUAAGAAUAAGAAAAAUAAUAAUGAUAAUGGCGGUUGUGGUGUCGAUGGUGGUUGUUGUAGUAUACAAUCACGUAAUGGUUUCACUCCGUUACAUUUAGCUUGUCAAGAUGGAAAUGAGAAAAUGACUAAAUUACUAAUUGAUUCUGGAUCCAAAGUAAAUGCUUUAGCGAAAAAUGGCCUUACAGCAAUGCAUUUAGCAGCACAAGAGGAUAGUGUUAAAGCUGCAGAAUUAUUAUUUAACGCUGGUUCUGAGUUAGAUUUGAAAACAAAAGCAGGAUAUACUCCUUUACAUACAGCUUGCCAUUUUGGUCAAGUAAAUAUGGUUCGAUUUUUACUUGGCAAAGGUGCUGAUGUGAAUGCUAUAACAUGUAUGGGAUCAAAUGCUUUACAUUUAGCUGCACAACAAGGUCAUUCGACAGUUAUUUACAUUUUAUUAGAAAGUGGCGCUAAUCCAAAUAUGCGUAACAAGUAUGGUUGGACACCAGCGCAUGUUGCUCGUCAUCAACAUUAUUUAAAUAUAUUUGAAGCAUUAUGUCAGGUGACUACAUGUGUAGAAUCAUGGGAGCAUGAAAAUACUGAUGAAUUGCCAAUGAAUGCAGAAUUGGCAUCAUCUAUAUCAUCUGGUCCAGAGUAUCAUAAUUCUUCUUUGAGUAGACAACAGCAUAUCUCUGCUAAUCGACUUGGCCUUGAACAUCCAGACAUGAUGAGAGAUAAUCCAAUUACAGAUACUGAAGAAGAAUGUAUUGAACCGGAUUUCACAAUUAUGCCAUCAUCACCAUUAUUUUCACGUGCACAAAGUAGACAGAGCCUUAGUCAACAAAUACACAUACAACCACAACAACAACAAUAUGUUCAACAUCAUCCACAAUCUCAUCACAAAUCAGAUAACAAACAUUCUGAUGAACAGCAUUAUGGACAUCGUAGUGGUGGUGUGAAUCACGUUAAAAUAGCUCCAGAUAAAUUAUCAAAUGUAUCAGGUGAAGAUAGUAUACAUGAAGGCACAACAGCCGAAAAUGCUCACGCACUGAAUUGGCGUGAUGGACAUUUAAAUUAUGGUACCAGGGAAGUUGGAUUGUCUGAAACUCGAAUAAGUCGAGAUUAUGCUGAACUCGGUAUGGCAGGUGCUCCAAGUUUAACAGGGUUUUCCGGACUAGUCGAAUGGGAUUUCACCCCAGACAAUGUACCGAUUCCUCGAAGACCUAUAGCUUCAGGCUUUCUUGUAUCAUUUUUGGUGGAUGCACGUGGUGGAUCGAUGCGUGGUAGUCGUCAUCCAGGUCUACGAAUUUUAGUCCCACCAAGUGCAGCAAGUGCACCAACACGUAUUACCUGCCGUAUGUUACGACCUGAACGUACAGCUCGACCACCUCAAUUGAAUGAUUGUGAAGGAUUAGCUUGUCGUAUCAUUGAGUUAGGACCGCAUCCAUGUCGUUUCAAUUCACCGGUGGUGUUAGAAAUUCCACAUUUUGCUUCAUUACGUGGUCGUCAACGUGAACUCGUUGUAUUACGUAGUGAUAAUGCUGAAAUAUGGCGUGAACAUUCACUAGAAGCUACAGAUCAAGCAGUUCAGUCAGCUGUAGGUCAAAGUUUCGAUACGUUAGAGACGCUGGAAGAACUUCGUGCGAAACGUAUUAUUCGUAUAUUGACUAAUGAUUUUCCACAAUAUAUGGCAGUUGUUAGUAGAAUACGCCAAGAAUCAUCUUUAGUUGGUUCAGAUGGUGGUGUUCUUAGUUCGACAGUUGUUCCACAAGUUCAAGCUGUAUUCCCAGAAGGUGCACUACAGAAAAGAAUUCGUGUCGGUUUACAAGCUCAGCCAAUCGCUCCAGAGUUAGUUACACGAUUAUUUGGUAAUCGUGUUACAGUCUCGCCAAUUGUCACAUUAGAACCACGUCGUCGUAAAUUUCAUAAACCAAUCACCCUAACUAUACCAUUACCGAAAGCUGUUGUUCGUGGUAUGCUGAAUCCAUCGGUGAAUGAUUUAAAAUCACAAAAUGUACCAAGUUUACGAUUGUUGUGCAGUAUUACCGGUGGUACAGCGCCAGCACAAUGGGAAGAUAUUACUGGAUCUACACCAUUGUCUAAAGUGAAAGAUUGUAUCUCCUUCACUACAACAGUUUCAGCGAGAUUUUGGCUAAUGGAUUGUUCAGCUGUACAUGAAGCUGCAGAAUUUGCAAGUAUGCUGUAUGCCGAAGCCACAUUAGUUCCAUAUAUGGGUAAAUUUGUUGUAUUUACCAAACGUUUGGAUAUGGAUGAAGCAUUAGUUCGAUGUUUCUGUGUCACAGAUGAUAAAGUAGACAAGACAUUGGAAUGUCAAGAAGGUUUUGAAUUGUGUGCUGCUUCACCAGAAGUUGAAAUAAUUGAAAGUCGACCAGUUUGGCUGGAAACAGCUGGUAAUUUAUUACCUGUAGCAAAAUUAAGUGAACAAUUACGUUUACAUUUCAAUGCAUUCCAUGAGAAUAGACUUGCAUUUCCAGUACGUGUAAAAGAUCUUCAACAAGAAGCUAUUAGUAAAUUAGCAUUUAUGCGUGAACCACGACAACCAAUUCGAGAUGGAGAUGGUGAUUCACAAUAUAUCUAUCAUGAAAUAACUCCUGUUCAAAAACCAUUAUGUACAUUAGAAAUUCGACUUAGUUCAGAUAAUGGUGUUAAUGGUCAACAUGGUCUUGAUCUUUCAUUGAUUGGUUUAGAAAAUCAUCCAGAAUUUUUAGAUCAAUUAAAUGAAACUAGUGCAGCUGAAUUAACAAUGGGUUCAUUAAGUUGUGUAUUCCCAUAUCCUAAACGUGUUAUUAAUGAUGAACAAAUUCUUAAUGGACAAAAUAAUGAAAUUAAUAAACCUAUUGGUGGUAAUUUGGCAUCAACUUAUACAUCAGAUGUAAUUGCUCGUAGUCAAAUUGAUUUACUGCAAGUUGCUAGUGAAAUUGGCUCAGAUUGGCCUAAACUAAUCGAAUUCCUCUUACCUCAAUCUCAUUUAAAUAGUUCAUGUACUGUGAAUCAAUUAGUUAAUUGGAUUAAUGAAAAUGAGCCAAAAUGGCAAAUUAAAAGAAAUCAGUUAGCUAUGGAAAUGGGUAAAAUAACAGGAGAAAAUGACGGAGGUGAUGUAGUUGGCAGUUUUGGUGGUCCAAUUAGUGUAAAUGAAUUACGUACAAUACAAGAUCAAGCAUUAGCGGUACUAUUGGCAUGGCGUGAAGAAAAUGGAGAUUCAGCCACAGGUAAUGAAUUAGAUUACGCACUUCGUCAAAUUGGCCGUGAAGAUGUCAUUAAAUCAUGUAUGCGUGAUAUUCGCUAUGUACUUGAUGCUGAUGAACAUGCAAAGGCUACGCGUCAAAUAGAUGAAGGUAAACGUUCAGAUCCUGUGAAUCCUAAUUUGUCAGAUCCUUUCUCAACUUCUCUAGCAGCAACAUCAACUUUAAUGUCUGGCAUGAAUGACAUAACAGCUAAUGAUGUUGGUGAUCAGUCUAUGAUUGGCUUUGAUAGAAUAGAUGCAUUAAAACAUCCAGAUGUAAGGAUUACUCCGAUGCCAGAUGAAUCAGAGCUGAUUCCUCAAACUCAUCUUGGCCUAGAUAGUCAAAGUCCAAGAAAAUCCGAUGUCAUUAUUCAUGGUAGUGGUGAUGAAGAAGAAGAGGGACGACCUUCUCCUGCUUCACAACAAGGUCAGACUGAAGUAGAAGAAGACAAUGAAGAGUUUUGGCAACAACAACAACAUCAAGCAGGAAUUGAACCAGCUUGUUCAACUAGUCAACAAGGUGGUGAUCCAAUGGUUGUACAGAAACAUGAUGAAAUAAUAGUACAAGAAGAAGCAGAUAUAAUUCGCGACAGUGAAUCAAUGAGCAGUUCUGAAUUGAUUGCAUCUACUUUACAAGGUUCUCAACAAGAGAUCUAUGAUACAGAUGCGAAAAUUGCAGGCACAUUAAAGUUAGAAGGUGAAGUUGAAGAAGAUGCACUUCAGAGUCAACGACAGCUGGAAAAUAUUGCAGGUCAUCAUAGAGAAGCGGACUUAUUAUCACUUACACAAAUUCAUCAAAAAGAACAUAGUAUUACUAGUUUAUCAGAGGAUAAUAACGGUGAUGCUGGUUUAAAACAGUUAACAAGUGCCAAUAAUACCAACACUAAUGAUAUAACAACUUCAACUAGAUCGCAACCUACUAGUGAACAUCGUUGGGAUCAAGAAGAUGAUCUAUCAGAUAUUGUUUUACAAAACGAAACUGAUAAAAUGAGUGAAACCGAUAUUCAGUCGUCACAUGAAGUGACGAAUAAUGAAACACCAGAUGUAGAUAUAAGACAUGCUCAUCAUGUUGGCUAUACAUCAGAUCAACCGAUAGAUAAUAAUCAUAGUAGUAUAAUGCAAAAUCUUGAAGCAUAUAAUGAACAAGAUGUUAUUGGUGAUAAUGAAUUGGAUGUUAUGGAAUCAUCAAGACAACGACAAGAUAAUUCUAAUGAACAUCAACAACAACAACCUUCAAUCGUUGCUUCAUCAAAUGCACAUCAUGGUCUUGCAUCUAUUCCACAUAAUGAAGAUGGUGGCAAUGCUGUUGAAUAGAAAAAAUUGCUUAGAAAAAAGAAAUACGGAACAAUAGUAACAACAAAAUAAACGAAACAUCUCAAAGAGAAAAUCCGGUUUCAUGUAGUUGUUAUUUGCCAUGCUUUUUUUUGUGUAGAUUUUGUUUUAUAUUCGUUAUCACUUUAAUUGUUUUCUUCUUUAUAAUAAGAACAAUAAGAAUGUGGGUUAAUGAUGAGAGGGCAUUAGGGAGAAAAGCUAUUCAUUGCAUUAUUGUUGUCUAUCUUUCUUUUUAUUUUCCACAUUCUCUCAUAUGCACAAACUUCGCUAUGCCUUAUCUAGUCAUUAAAAAACAACAACACAGCAUCGAUGUUCGUUUCACAUGUGUUGUACACUUGCACACACACACCAUCACCCGUUCCUCUUUCGUUGUACUCCUUCAAUGUUCGACUUACCAUAUUCUAUAUAUUGCUUGAUUUCUUUUUUUUUGACUACAUCUCGCAAUACAAUACAAUGUUUUAUGCAAGUCAUAAUAAUAAAUAAUUAUGUAAUUUUAAUUUCUAUGUAUUAUUUUUUUGUUUCUAUUUUAAUUGAUUAAAUGGUUACACUCUUUACUGCUAUUUGAAUUUUAGUUAUUGUUAUUGUUAUUUGAAGAGAUAAUUCAAGGUGGAAACCUUUCAAGGAAUAAAAGUAACGAGAAAAGAUACAUUCACACGCACACACACUGAGAAGAAUCAUUACAAUUCAAUAAACAUACAAAGUUUCCCUAUUACUAUUUUGUUUGUUUGUUUGUUUUUCUUUUGAUGUAACACAAGAUUUUCGUUUGUUUUCAUCCGAAACGAUGAUUUUAUGUUUGAAUGUAGAGAAUUUUCUAUUGAAUGUUAAUCUAAUCUUUCGAUAUAUGGGUGUGUUGUUGUUUUUCCUUCAGUGCUACAGGAUACUUUAAUUCGUUAUUCUCUUUACUUCUCUGGUUCUAUCAUACAACAAUCUUUAUGUUAUUUUCAAUUGUUUGUUAGCAAUAUACAAAUAAAUAAUGCUUGAAUAAUAAUGGUUAUCUAGUGACAUGUUUAUUAGUUAGCUGUUAUAAUUGAAUACUAUUAGUACUACUACAGCACUACUGCUGUAUUAUCCUUAACAGUAAUAAUAGUAAUAGUUAGAAUUGAGUACUGAGAACUUUUCCAGUAUUUUUUUUCAAUUCAUUGAUAGAGUCUGAUCUAUAUGUUUAAAUAUAAAUUAGAUUUACUAUUAAUGUUCAUUAUUGAUUAUUGUCACCGCCAUUAUCCAUAUUCGCCGACCUCAUCCUCAAUAUUAUUAUUAUUAUUAUUUCGAUAGGCUAUCUCUACUAAAUUCUAAAGUACUGUUUACUCUAUCUAUGACCGUUUUACACCUCCUCCUCACCAUUAUUAUUAUUAUUAUUAUUGUCGCCACCGUCAUCAUCAUUGAAUAUUAAUCUUAGUAACAUGUGACAGUCAUAAUAAUGAUCGUGUUUAUUAUUGUGUUAUUGAACAAUGAAUUACUGAUUAUAUUGUUAUUUUUCCAUUGCAUUGUCUGUUCUUUCUGUUACUUAAUUACAUGUUUUUCUCUCCGAAAAAUCAAAUGUAUGUUUCUUCGGUUUUUAUUUCUACCUUAAAAUAACCUCCUGUCUUGUUUUAUGUGAAUGUUGUGAGUGCGUGUGUUUAUGUUAAUUUAUUUUCCUGCUUUUCUACAAGGAUAAAAUGACCAGCUAGUUAAGUAAAACUAUUGUAUACAUCCUCACAUUAUGAUUAUUAUUGUUUCAUUGAGGUGCAUCUUCAUCAGUUUAUUGUAUUCUCGAAUAACGAAUAUAAAAAUACCAGUGUAUGUGUUUCCGUGUUUUUAACCACGUUCAUUUGAACAUUUGUUCAUUUUUAUGAGAUCAACUGAACAAGAGUUUUAAUCUUUUGAUUUUACUCAAUGUAAAUGAACCCAAGUUGAACAACAGAUAGAAAUUAGGAAGCACGGAAUAGCCGUUUAAUCCUGGUAUGUGGCUCCUCGAGAAUGUACAUGCGCAAUCACACUAGGAAUCAAAUGUAGAUUUUUCGGUCUCAUGAAUCAGCUUCUAACUCUAUACAACUGAUGUACAUGUCUAACUUCAACCUAUCCGGGAUAGUUUCGCAACCAACUUCCAUUAUCUUCCGGGGGAUAACUGGUUAACAUCUUACAUAAUUGAACUCCACUGGUGAUGGUUUUCUGGUUUUGCAAUGGAUAUAAAACUUGGUUGUAGAUAAUUAUCAUUAAUUCGAUCUGGCACACGAAAUGACCUUAAUUACUCCGUUCAUAAAUCAACAGGCUGUCCACUUAAGAAAAAUUAAAGGUUCCCGGCUGAUGCAUUGGAUCGUUGUAAUACAUGUACUACCUAAACAAUUACUGAACUAGUAUACUUAAAACUUUCUUCUAUCACAUGUUUGUUCUGCACAUCUGUUAUUAUUUAUAUCAAAACAUGGUCAUGUCUGUAAACCGGCGUGAAUUCUGUAAUUAUUAUUUUCAGAAUAUAUAAAUUAUUAUUAUUAUAACACUGAUCACUACUUAAUGAUCCGUUAGUUA